GGCUCUGUAGUGCACUCUCCGAAUCGCGCUUCGUUCACUGCCAGAAGCUGGAAGCCGCUCUUUGCGAGCAGAUGAAAGGCGCCGUUCUCCAGGAGUAGCGAGUCGUCGCUGGACCCCCACUAUCCACUUAGUCCUCGUAGUGUUUCCCGGAUUCGGGCCAUCUUCGCACGGAGGCAGAACGUCCAGCUACCCGGUCGGAGGUGAUGCUGGACUACCAUUUCAAAGGAGGGGCUCAAGUUUGCUGCAAGAUCCACGAUGAAUGAUAUCCGCUGACUACCGAGUUUCAAUGGAAUUUAUCCAAAGAUGGCUUCAUUGAGCCUUUGGCUGGUGACCGCUCGGAGCCGGGCUUCUGAAGCCGAACAAUGGGGAGAAGCUCUGGACUUUAGUCGGGCGCGAAGACGGGUUUAAAAGCCACCGAACACAUCGCUGAAAGAAAGAAAGAAGGAAAGAUAGAAAGGACUAAGACAAAACGAAGAACCGAAAAAGCCAUGGGGAUACAGCACCUUUUGCUUCUUUUAAUUUAUUUAGACCCUUUGAAUGUACUUCUGUGUGCAGCGACGAAGACAAAAAACACCAAGAACAUCGGUUCCCCCAGGCGUAACCCCAAAGGGAACAGCACUGUAGUGACCCCAGUGCACACCCCCAAAACCCCCAAAAUCAAGACUCCUAAACCUGGCAGCAGCCAUGAAACCUGCCUCAGCUAUAUCGACGUGAGUGAGCAGGUUGACAAAGAGUUUGAAUGCAAUAACACAAAUCACCGGUACUGCUGUGGGUCCUGCCUGAUGCGCUUCUGUUGCGAUGAGCGGGCCAAGAGGCUGGACCAGAGCAGCUGCAAGAACACCAUACCUCCGAUCCGAGUGGAAACCACGACGCCAGGUCCGGUGGAAAUAGACAACAGCGACGUGUACGACCCCAGGUUGGACCAGACUAACACCACCGUUUACAUCACGUGCGGCGUCAUAGCCUUCAUCAUUAUUGCCGGGAUUGCUGCGAAAGUCGCCUACGACAAAACCACAAGCCCCCCUCAGGAAAUGAACGUGCACAGAGCCCUUGCAGACAUUCUCCGACAACAAGGACCCAUCCCUUUGCCGCAUUAUGAGAGAGAAAACGUUACAGCAAUAGAUGGAUCACCCAAAGACAACACUCCUAUUCGAACUUCCAAAAAUCAUUACACACCUGUCCGCACCACAAAGACCAACCACGGUCAUUAUGGGAAGGACAGCUUUCGGAGUGGAGGUGGAGGGCCCGAUCUACAUAACUUCAUUUCCUCUGGAUUUGUGACGUUGGGACGUGGGCAGGUGAAAGGAGACCACCAGUGGCCCACCCAGUUGAUGUCCCAGUCCGGUGACCAUCAACACAACUAUAACCAUCUGAUGCUUGCCAGUCCAACUCACACCCCUACAAACGAAAAACCUCGGAUGAACAGCAUUCUUACCUCUGCCACUGAACCCUACGAUCUUUCGUUCUCCAGAUCAUUCCAGAGCCUCUCCCACCUGCCACCCUCAUAUGAAUCGGCAGUUAAAUCUGACCUAAGUAAAUAUUCUUCUCUGAAGAGAUUAAGUGACAAAGAGGUGGACGACUAUUACACCAGAAAACGGCACCUCCCGGACUUGGCGGCGAGGGGGACCCUCCCGCUGCACAUCCUCAAAAUGAGUCAAGAGCAGCAAGGCAAUCACCGGGAACGGCCGCGCAGAGUGCAGCGGGCCAUGUCCCAGGACAGAGUGCUGUCACCAGAAAGAGCCCCGCCGCAGGAGUACGGGACACCUUACGGGGGACGCAUCCUCUCGGACGAGCAGCUCCUCUCUGCGGAGCGCUUACACUCCCAAGACCCUCUCCUUUCGCCAGACAAGGUGAUGUCACUCAAGCGCUCCGGCUUUCGCGAGAAGUCCAUGUCCAGGGCGUUGUCACACACCGACGUGUUCGUGUCCACACCCGUCAUGGACCGAUACAAGAUGACAAAAAUGCACUCUCAUCCUAGUGCCUCAAACAAUUUGUAUAACACUUUGAGUAUGAACCAGACCGCCACCAAGCGGCAGGCCUUUGCUUCCAGAAGGACCCACACGGUGGAGCAGCUUCAGUACAUCCCAGGACACCACCACCACUACCGCACAGCGAGCAAAACGGAAGUAACUGUGUAAAGACGCUCGGGACACGGCCCGCCUCUGGCACUGUCCCGGCCCGCCGCUGCGCAGUGACCUUGUGUGUGGCCACACGUUGGGACGGACGGACGGAUUUGCUUGCGGCACCAGCUUCCCCAGUCUGUCUGUCUGACUGCGCCGAACUGUGCAGGAGGGACGGAGACGCCUGUCCUACGAGCGCACGUCACACGGCCUGCCUGCCUGCCUGCCAGCCAGCACACAAGGGCUUUGUACAGGGGAGUGAGCGCGUCCCGAGACGACAAGCGGAACUGCAAUAACGGCCGAGAGGUGUCACUCCCAGUUCCAGUAUGAGCUUUAGCGAUACCUCCGAUACUGAACUGGUUUGAGCACUUUUGCCAGUGCCUCUUAAAAACGCCCCAUUUCAAUAAUGAAGUGGCUUUGUGGGUUAAUAAGCACAAUGAAUUCAAACGCUGCUUUGCUCUCUUUUGUAAUGGCCGGCCGGCCAGCCAGCCAGCACGCACGUCUCAGCUGCUUCUGUAAAUAGACGAGAGGAGCCGCCGCUGUACGGAGGGGUCGGGACCACCGGCCGGCCGACCGCCCACUUGGAAUGGAAGCGUUAGUGUGCGGGGGAGGGGAAGAAAACCGGCAGAGCUCCUCCAGUUGCUAAAAAACAAAAUGCGUUCUUUUGGGUUUUUUUUUUUUUUUGCAGCCUUACAUUUUAUUUUCAAUUUUUAUUUUAUUUUUUUGGCUAUUUACUUAUUCCUGCUAGAUCGGUAGAAAAAGCUGCAUUCAUUUACAUAUCAGCAAUUAUAUGAUGUAAAUAAUAGCGUUCGUCCAAGUGGAAUAAAUAACCGUUGUCUUUAUUGUUAAGAACAUUGCUGUCACGAUGUAACUAAAAAUCAUUACGCAAAUUAAAAUAUCGUUGUAACUUUCGGCAAGAAGAGGAUUAAAACUGUGAACUGUUAGUUGUCUGUAUGCUUUGUCUAAAAUGCCUUACACGAUGUUAUCUUGAAGCAGUUAACAGGCAGCGGCGUCCAUUCACUCCGUAGCUCGAUGCGUUCCCUGAGCUCCUCCGCAUUCAAACGCCUGUGACAUGUCAGAGUAGACCCUCCGUGUGUUACGGCCUGCCCUCCUUCCUCCUCCGGUGGGGUGGGGAAUGAAAAUGAAGGGAAACCGUCGACAGAGCAGCAGAUCAGUUAAAAAGCCGACGUCCACUAGAGGGCGACGCCGAGUCCACUAAGCGGAAGUGUUAAAAAGAGUCUAGUGUUCAGCAGCAGAGCCGGCGACUGGAAACGUCCGGACGGAAGGACACCCCGGUGUGGGCCACGCUAAGCGAUGACGUAAAGCGAUGAAUGAACUAAACUCUGGCAAAAGGGGGCGUUGGGUCUGCAAAUCUACGGCUGAGUCCGCUUUCGGGUUGGAUCAGGGCGCGCAUUAACAGUAAACGAGAAAGACGAGGGGUACACGCUGAGGACCCUUUAGUAGAGCGCCCCCUAUCGAGCACCGACUCUCAGAUGUGAUGCCACCUCCUCCACAUUUGCUAAUGGAACCCGCUCUGUUGCCUUCAUUUUCGGUGAGUUAAUAUUAAUAACGGCGAGCCAGUAGGUGAGCAGGCUGACUGAGACCCCCUUUGCACCCGUGUCUUUCAUACAUCAUAUGAAUCGCAAUUAAAUACCUGAAAAGGAAAAAGAAUGAUCAGCCAAACAUUCAGAGUCCAGUGCUAGACCACCACAGGUUUUCAUCCUAAUCCUUUUCUUGAUUCAUCUUUGCUGCUAAUUCACUUCUUAUGUUGUCAUUUUAAUUGUCAUUUAAGACUUCGCCUCCUUCGUUAUUUAUUUUUUGAGAGACAGAAAAGCCAUCGGAUGAGCAGCUGACCCAUGUCCACCUUACGAUAUCUGAGGAUAAAGAACGGAGAAGGUCUCGGUAAAGGUGGUCUGCUUUUGGUGACCAUUUUAGAAAAAAGAAAAUCCGCCAUUUUCAAAAUGUCUGUCGUUAGGCUGCUCGCGUUAGUGGUCACAACAGCGGAUCUUCUUCCAUAUCUUUCUGUCCUCUACAUCUUGUUCUGUCACCUCCGUCACCUGCAUGUCCUCUCUCACCACAUCCAUAAACCUUCUCUUA